AAUUACAUCCGAAACUCUAUCUCCACGCGUUUGUACGAGGUUGCAUCGAUCUGAACAUCACCUUCACUGCCGAUUCACAGCCUCAUCCCGCUCGGUUCUUCGCCGUUUGCAUCCGUCACUGGCCAUGAUUUCAAACGGUGUGAGGCGUUUGACGUGAUUUGGCCCUCGCUCUCCACCGCCAGACGUCACUGUUUUUCGUUCACCUCACUCCUUCCAGUGAACCUCUCUGCUUCUUACCAUCUCACAGCAUGAUUGCCUAUGCUGUGUAAUUGAACGCUUUGUCCUUUUCGCUCGAUAUGAGCAGAUCAAAACACUCCUCCUUUCCCGCCACCCUCGCCUAGCUCGUCAGCCAUGGCAGCACAAAACAUCCACAUUCUCAACAUUAACCCAGGCUCCGAUGGCGACGGACGCAAAUGGCCAAAGCAUCACUACGUCCGCAACGAUGAGUACUUCAAGGAGAAAAUCGCCAGCGAGAAAUGGAUUAAAGACCUUGGUGGUGCCCAGCCAGGCGUCACUUAUGUUCUUGACAGGCUGCCACAGGGGUAUGCUGGAUUCGAGAGACUGCGACCGGACUCGAAGCACUGCGACCGAUACAUCUACGGGCAUCCAAACGGCCAAUUCCGCUCUCUGAACGAAUUCUAUCCUCACUUCAAGCAUUUGAUGGACAAUGGAGGUUCUGUAGGCUGUCCGUGCAAAAAUUGCGAGGGCAUCAAGCAAAAGAAGAAGCCAAAGGCUACCGGCGUCGCCAAGGGCAGUCGAACUCAAGGCCCUUCCACCUCAUCAGCAAGACCAUCCCAGGGCAUCCAACAAAACUCGGAGAGUCCGGGACCGGAGAAGCGGCGACUUGUUGAUUUUGAGGGGACUCAGGAUGUGUACGAGUCGCUCAUCAGCCAGCUCAAGAGUGAUAGGGAAGCAGUCAUUGAUGUGCCAAUCGAAGAGCCUACGUCACCCGACUGGCGCAGUAGUCACAUGACGACGGCGAAGUUGUUCCGAGAAUGGCAGGAUCUACCUCGCUACGUUCCGCGCCUCGGCGAACUCGUGCUCUUCAUUCGGAGCGUUAUCAGUUCAUCGACUCCUGAAUGGGACAGUGGAACACGCACAUUCCGCUACGUCGACGCAGAAGAAGGUACAUGGCUGGAGCAGCCGAAGUGGGAAGCGGGCAUAGUUACGCAAAUGCCGCAAGAACCCAUUCUGCACCAAGACCUGAUCACGGAUGAGGACAAGGAGCAAGCCGUCAACUACUCUGGCUUCCGGAUCGAGCCACUGUCUGAGCCGAAGAACGCAAACAAGCCGUACACGAAGCAACCCAAACACGUCCCGCUUUAUGCCAUCCGUCCGUUUGUAUACUGGAGAGAAUGCCUGAUUGAACAGCCUGAGGAAGAGUGGCAUCCUACGAUCAAACACGCCCUCACGGUUUCAAGCAGCUUCUGCAUCGUCGGCCGUCAUCGCUUCAGAGGGCUCUGGCCAGAUGCUACCGUCUUCUGCAGUGGGGUCUACAUCGGACCGGAGCUGAUUACGCUUGGCGAUGCUGUGCGUCUGCUGCCACGGAAGCAAGAGCAGAAGGGCGAUGCGGUCACGGAGGUGAUGGUGGUGGAUGCCAUCAGGUUGCGGUUUGUCAACUUGGACAACGAAGAAGACGACAUGGCGCCGGAGGAGAUUCCAUACCAGACUUGUCUCCACCUCAGCGGUCGUGUCUACACCCUCGACCCAGCGAGAAGCUUCGACGGCGUGGGCAAAGUUCCCAUCGACGAGAGGUCAAGCUACCUGCCUCUAGGUGUGACGGAAUACGGAUCAUGGUAUCAUUAUGUCGACCCGGACAAUACGGCGGCAAGGGUGGAGGUGCCCUACACGAGGGUGCUUGGACGCUGCUUCGAAGAGACUGCCAUCGAUGCCUGGUUUGGCACAUCAUCAGAUACUCCGGCGCCUUCGACUCCAAAGCCUGACACGGCUGCGGCAAAAGAAGAAUCGGACAUUACUCGCGGCUUGUUGGCUACCUUGACCGCUCGAAGGUUCAGUCAAAAGCACGACAAGCGCAUUCAGACCGAGGAAGGCCAGACGUGGUUUUGGGCAGACACUCGGAUUGAACAGCUGGAUCUGCACGAGGUGAAUGGACGCUUCAUUGGGGCUAAGGACCCUCAUCGAACGCCUGGAGAGAUGCGCAAAUGGAGGGCGGCGAUCAAAGCCAUGGAUGGCAAAAAGGGUGCUUUGGAGGAGUAUCAUGCGGUUAAGCAGGCGCAAGAAGCCGAGCAACAAGUUCCGACACCUUCGUCGAAAGCUUACGGCAUGGUUGCUGCGAGCAGGAUGACAGCCACGGAGAGCCCGAGUGCGCCGGAGAAUGUCGAUGAUGGCGAUGCGAUGGACGUGGAUGAAGAAGAGGAUGAGGGAGAAGCGGUCGAGAGGAGUGCUGAACAGAGUUCCGAGGAGAUGGAAGUGGAGGAGAUUCCCCGGCCGUUGAGUACUGUGCCCAAGACCCUGGAGACGAUCAAUCUUCUCGACAGCGAUGAUGAAGAUGAGGAGGAGGCGAAGCGAUUGGCGGGGGAGUUGGCGAAGAGUAUUCGCGCGGGCGACUCGAGGCUGAGAUGAGUGAUUGCCCAGCCUUAUCACUCAUACCGCGUCCUGCGGUAUUGCGUUGACAUGCGAUGUGCAGAGCUAGGCUAUCAGACGCAGCUUGAUGUUCUUCUAGCGUCAGACAGUAACAAAAUCACAGUAUCCAUUGCCUGUCCGUGAUCUUCUGCGCCUCCAAGCAUCGAUGCCCGGGAUUCUUGAAUGCUUG